AUGUCUUCCAGAUUACUUCUCUUUUCAGUGCUUGCUAUCGUUGGCAGCAUGCUGGUUCAAUGCUGUCAUGGUCUUCGUUUGAGCGGUGGCGGUAGAACGCUUACGAUGAAGUCGAGAAACCUUUUGUCUCUGAAACUCAGCGAUCGCAAAGAUGCAGAAAAUAUUCCUCAGCAAUAUGGCCCCUUUACCAUCAAUAUGCCCCUGGAUCAUUUCAAGAGUGGCAAUACGACUUUCAAGAAUAGAUACUGGGUAAACACUGACUACUACAAACCAAAUGGCCCUGUCUUCUUAACCAAUGCUGGUGAAGCAGCUGUUACUGACGCUGCGUAUGUCAUGUUCAACUCUACAGUAGCUCAAUUAGCUCAAAGAUUAGGCGGUAUCUUUGUUUACAUGGAACACAGAUUUUAUGGAGCUUCCGGACCCAGUGAUUUUGAGCAAGAAUUGGAUAAACUGACAGCAGAGCAAGCACUUGCAGAUAUUGCCUAUCUCAUCAAGAACAUCAAGUUCCCGGCAGACUUGAAGGUUCCACCUGUGCCUGAGACAAAGGUGAUUGUGUAUGGCUGCAGCUACAGUGGCAAUUUAGCUGCUUGGAUGAAGGAAAAGUACUCUGAUAUCGUUUUUGCUUCUGUUGCUUCUUCGGCUCCUGUUCAGGCACAAUUUGAUUUCUAUCAAUACUUUGAUCCCAUCAUGCGUUAUGCCCCUCAGCCUUGUAUCAACACCAUUCGAAAUGUGAUUUCUAACAUCGACAGCAUCUUGUUUGGAAAAGACACCAAACAAGUAACCGCUCUCAAGAAGCUGUUUGAUGCUGAAGACUUGUAUGACGAUGAUUUUGCUUCUCUCCUGUCAAAUCCCUUAGCUGAAUACUGGCAAUAUGGUAUUACUCCCAGCGAGAACAAUUUCGAAGCCAUUAUCUGCAAUACCGUAUUCAACUCGACAACCAACACCACUGCCGAGCAAGAUCUGCUCCUCUUUGCUUCCUUCAUCAAAUCUUAUGUAAAGACAGGUCUCUGUCCUGGCUAUGACACACUGGCUAAUUGUGUAGGCACGCACAAUCAAACUGACAUCCAGAUACAGAAGCAAAAUGAUCCAUCGACUGUUUCCUGGCUCUGGCAAACAUGUCUCCAAUUUGGUUACUUCCAGGUAGCUGCUCCUCCUGGUGAACCUACCAUUGUGUCUCGCAAAUUGACGACGGAUCUCUUUGAACGUGUGUGCCAGCUCAAUUUCCCCAACACGAAUGUACCAAGCCAGCCUGAUGUCAAUCAAGUCAACAAGGAGUAUCAGGGCUGGGAUAUUGAGUUGGAAAAGACGAUUUGGAUCGAUGGCGAGUGGGAUAGCUGGAGAGAGCUGAGUGUUCACAGCCAACAAGCUAAUCGCAAUGUUCAAAACGGAAUCAUCAUUCCAAGGGCAACCCAUUGUGCCAAUUUUCUUGGUGUCGAUAGCACUACUCCUCAAUACAUGAUUGAUGUCCAAGAUCAGCAAUACACUUUGUUGAAAUCAUGGCUUCAAGAAUAG